UUUUGAGGGUACGUCUAAUGACCAAAAAUGAUUGCAAUUGAUCCCUGCAAAUAAAAAUAAUUAUUCCAGACCUGAUGGGAAGAAUAAGACACCAUCGCAUACGCAACGAUGUAUCGUUGUUGGCACUUUUCGCAAGUGUAGCGAACGACGAUAUAUCUUAAAUUUCUUCAACAAACAUAGCGGUAUUAAAUAUUGCGGUUACCGCCGACAAAGUGGUUAUUAUUUAAGCGUAACACGAUGACCGAGAGCGUGCUGUAGAUUCGUUCCGUUUUUAUAUACUUGCGAGUGAAUAUUAAAUGUACGAUAAAUUUUUUGUAAAAUUAAUCGCAAUUAAAUAACUCGGGCAAGUGUAAUAAUGGAAAGUUGUAGGUAGUAAAAUAAUUUAUACGUGGCGCAGAAUUUGGAUUCGUAACACAUGCAUGGACAUAGACCGAAAUAAAUUUCUACUACCGGUUACCUCGGUAUUUCUGUAAUAAUCACAGGGUUCUGUGCAAGUUCAGCCGCAAUGACUGCACUGAGCGGUUUUAUGGAAUUCUUUCAAAAGGGAAAGACAUUUAGACCAAAGAAAAAGUUUGCUCAUGGAACGUUACGGUAUUCCCUGCACAAGCAGGCACAGGCUUCCCUUAAUUCUGGAAUUAAUUUAAGGUCUGUGGUGAAGUUGCCUCCUGGCGAGGAUCUUAACGACUGGAUCGCUGUUCACGUGGUGGAUUUCUUUAAUAGAAUAAACUUAAUAUAUGGUACUGUUUCUGAAUAUUGUGACUCCGCGUCGUGUCCAACGAUGAGCGGCGGUGCUCGUUUUGAAUACUUGUGGGCGGACGGUGAGAAAUACAAGAAGCCUACAGCGUUACCAGCACCGCAGUACGUCAGUCUUCUUAUGGAUUGGAUAGAAGCGCAAAUAAAUAACGAGAACAUAUUCCCAGUGUCUACAGAUGUACCGUUCCCAAAAACGUUUGUGCCGCUGUGUAGAAAAAUCUUGACGCGCUUGUUUAGAGUUUUCGUUCACGUCUACAUACAUCAUUUUGACCGUAUCGUGGCAAUAGGAGCAGAAGCACACGUAAAUACGUGUUACAAGCAUUUUUAUUAUUUUGUAACAGAAUUUGAAUUAAUAAAUGCAAAAGAAUUAGAACCAUUGGCCGAAAUGACUGCCAAAGUGUGUAAAGAUACUGCAUCUCCGACACUGGCUACAGCACCACAGAACGAUGCUAGAGUCAUGAAACAUAUGAAAUGCAUAAAUAUGGUAACCAAAUUGUAGAGGUAAAUUUUUUUAAUAUAAGUACAAAAAUUAAAGAAUACCCUUAGUAUUUUUCUGGAAAGGUAACGACGAAAUUUAUUAAUAUUAUCAGAAUGCUAAAAAUAAAAAUUAUUUUUAUGAUUUUGAUAAUCAUUCUUAUCGAUAUAUUGCA